UUCAUCGCUCUCUUCUACUCUUACUUUAUCCGAUUAACUUGAAAAAAGAUCACUUUUUUCCUGCAAAUUAGGGUUUCAUAUGGAAGGGGAAGAAUUGACGGAGCAGGAAACUGCGUUGUAUGACAGACAGAUUAGGGUUUGGGGAGCUGAUGCUCAAAGAAGACUUAGCAAGGCUAAUGUGUUUGUAAGUGGAUUGAAGGGGACUGUUGUUGAGUUUUGCAAGAACAUUGUUUUAGCUGGGGUGGGAAGUUUGACAUUGAAUGAUGAUCGACCUGUAACUGAAGAAGCAUUAUCUGCAAAUUUCUUGAUUUCCCCAGAUGAAUAUGUUAAUUCAGGGAAAUCAAUUUCUGAGCUUUGUUGUGAUUCUCUCGUAGAUUUCAAUCCUAUGGUUCGAGUUUCUGUUGUAAAAGGUGAUCUUGCAACUUUUGGUACAGAUUUCUUUGAGAAGUUUGAUGUUGUGGUUAUCAGUUGUUGUUCUUAUUCCACAAAGAAAUCGACGAAUGAAACAUGCCGGAAACUUUCAAAGCAGAUUGCUUUUUAUACAGUUGAUUGCCGAGACUCUUGUGGUGAAAUAUUUGUUGACUUGCAGAAGUUUAUUUAUUCAAAGAAAAAGCAAGACGAGACCAUUGAAUGCAAACUUGAAUAUCCCAGUUUUGAGGAAGCAACUCAAGUAUCCUGGAAAUCCUUUCCUAGGAGAACCUCAAAAUUGUAUUUUGCCAUGAGAGUGCUAGAAAAGUUUGAAGAAUCAAAGGGAUAUUUGCCUGGAGAGUCUUCAGCUGAAGACCUACCCGACAUCUUGAAGAUUAGAAAGGAAAUGUGUCAAGCGCAGUCGAUUGACGAGGCACAAAUUCCGGAAUCUCUCUUACAGAGAUUGGUAUUGGGAUCUAGAGAAUUCCCACCAGUUUGUGCAAUUCUUGGAGGAAUACUUGGACAGGAGGUAAUUAAAGGGAUAUCUGCAAAAGGUGAGCCACUGAAGAACUUCUUCUUCUUUGAUGCAAUGGACGGGAAAGGAGUAAUAGAGGACAUAUCGAAUUCCUAAAAAUUGUCAAAGUCCUUAAUUUGCUUAAUUGUUAAUUGACUAACUUAACUUAAUUAUAAUAGUUUAAAACUAUUUUGUUUUUGUGUUGUACAUUUGAAUGAAUUUCAUACCUUAAUGAGAUGUUUGGCUUUA